AUUUUUACCAGAAGAUGGCUGCUGACUUUACCAGAACAGUUAAGACCUUCCCAAUAGGCAGGUUCAUGUAUGUAGCUGGUUUAAAAAUGAAAAACAAAAGGAGGAGAUAUAUAAUUUAUUUUAUAUAUAUCCAGUCACUUUGUCUGAUCAGUAUUUUUUCUCCUCAAGUAUGAGGUAACUCUGCAACAUCACAGACACAGAGGUACGGUGCUAUACUUGCUAGUUAUUCUUAUCUUUAAGGAGUUUCAGCUUUCAUUCAACUUUUUGUUUGUUCAAUCUUGUUUCUGUUCAUAACAUGUUUGCUGAUAUUCUUCAGAUCUGAAUCUCUCUCUCUCUCUCUCUCUCUCUCCAAUUUUCUGGGUGUUUCUCACUUACCCAAUUGGCUCCAGUUCUUAUUUGGUUUGUGAAUUGUAGGAUAAGAUUCAAACUUUAAUUUCACUUCAUUUCCAAAAUUUCAAUAUCACUGUUGAGUUUCUUGACAGUUUCUGCUAAAGUGGUAGUUUUUAUGGAUACCCUUCUUGAAAGAUUGUCUGUCUCCAAGGAAAAAUUCCACUUUGGCCAUGGCUCAAUUCCAGUCCAUUCUAAUCAGAAUCUUGUAAAUGGGUUCCAAGUAAAUCAUGAACCAACCAAUCCUCCUUUCCUUCCAACCAACUCAGACCAUCCAAGUGAUUCAAGUACUUCUUUGAGCUCUGGUUCAGAUGGAGAUACUUUUGACAUUAGUGACUGUAGUCAGCCUGUGCUCAAGUACAUAAGUGAUAUUCUUCUGGAAGAAGACCUGGAGGGUAAGCCCUGUAUGUUGCAAGACUGUUUGGCCCUCCAAGCUGCUGAAAAAUCUUUUUAUGAUGUCCUUAACCAGAAGGAUCCUCCUUCACCCAACCAACCCCCUCUCUCUGACCACCAAAGCUUUGAGAACUCAGAUGAUGAUUCAACACAUAGUUGUCACAGGAGUAAUGAUUAUAGGGCUGAACAAACAGACUGGGUUCUUGAUUCUUCAGAAACCUCUCAUGUCCAAUCUUCUCUUGUUGAGUCUCCACCUGAUAACCUUUUGGCUUCAGAUUCACUUUAUGGGAAUUUUGGAGGGGUAGGGGAAGCUAGAAAGCUCCUUCCAAAUGAAAAUUUUGGAAUUAUUGACUUGGAGAAGUACCAAUUCAUGUCCCAAGGUCCUAACACACCGUUCAGGAAUUUAGCAUCUAAGAGAGAAAAUGAUGGCUACAACUCAACAAAUAGAUCGAAGGAAAAGAAAAAUCAUCAAAGGGAGGAUGGUGAUUAUGCAGAAGAAGGGAGAAGCAAUAAGCAGUCAGCUGCUUCUGCUGAUGACUCUGAGCCACAAGAAAUGUUUGAUAAGGUGCUACUCUGUUCUGUGAAUCAUGAGUCUGAGUGUUGUUCUCAUGAUGAACCUUUGAAAAAUGAGGGAAGUGGGAAGUUGAAGCCUAACAAGCAGUCAAAAGGGUCUAAAACAGCGCGUUCAAAGAAACAGAAUAACAAACGAGAAGUAGUAGAUUUUAGCACCCUGCUAACUCAAUGUGCACAAGCUGUUGCAAGCUAUGACCAACGAACUGCAAGUGAACUACUCAAGCAGAUAAGGAAGCACUCUUCCCCUUAUGGUGAUGCAGCCGAGAGAUUAGCUCACUACUUUGCUGAUGGCCUAGAGGCACGCUUGGCUGGCACAAGAACCCCAUUGUAUUCGCCUCUUUUAAGUAUACAAACACCGGCUGCUGAAAUCUUAAAAGCUUACCAGUUGUAUGUUACUCACUGCCCUUACAAGAAGAUGUUACACUUCUUUUCCAACAGAACAAUUAUGAAACUAGCAGAAAAGGCAACAAGGCUUCACAUUAUUGAUUUUGGUAUUUCUUAUGGUUUCCAAUGGCCCUGCUUUAUCCAACGUCUCUCCAAGAGACCUGGUGGACCUCCUAAUAUUCGGAUGACAGCAAUUGAGCUUCCCCAACCAGGUUUUCGACCUACAGAGAGGGUUGAAGAGACGGGGCGCCGCUUGGAUAAAUAUGCUAAGAGAUUCAAUGUCCCAUUUCAGUACAAAGUCAUUGCUCAGAAAUGGGAAACUAUCCAGUUUGAGGAUCUUAAAAUUGACAGGGAUGAGCUGAUUGUGGUUAAUUGUAUGCACCGGUUAAAGCACAUACCUGAUGAAACAGUGAUGGCCAGCAGUCCGAGAGAUACUGUCCUAAAGUUGAUCAAGAGAAUUAAUCCAGACCUGUACAUUCAUGGAGUUAUCAAUGGGGCAUACAAUUCACCCUUCUUUCUCACACGAUUCAGAGAGGCACUCUUUCACUUCUCUGCACAGUUUGAUAUGUUUGAGGCCACCAUUCCUCGAGAAGAUGAACAGCGGCUGAUGUUUGAAAAGGCGGUAUUUGGUAAAGACAUAAUGAAUGUCAUAGCGUGUGAGGGACUGGAAAGAGUUGAAAGGCCUGAGACAUACAAGCAGUGGCAGGUUAGGUAUCAGAGGGCUGGCUUCAAGCAGCUCCCAUUAGACCAGGAGCUCUUGAAGAAAGUGAAAACUAUGUUGAAGGUGAUGGGUUAUCACAAUGAUUUUAGAAUCGAUGAAGAUGGCCACUGGAUGCUGCAGGGAUGGAAAGGAAGAAUUAUCAUGGGUCUUGCUUUUUGGAAGCCUGCUUAAGAGUUUCACAAUGGCCUUCUGUGUCAGGCUGUCCUAGGAGAGAGUUUUACUCAUACAACUAUUACAAGCUGUAUUCGUUUUGUUCUUGAUUUUUUGUGUCGUGUCCUAUGUAUUAUAUGUAAAAUGUAGCUACGGUUUAUGAGUUGAUUGUAAAUUUGCAUUUAUUCAUCUCAGCUUCUUGACAAACGAAACUCUUGGAUGAUUAAAAUGCGGCCAAAAUAUUUUAGCCUGGAAACUUCUGCAA